CUCAUAACAAACACUUGAUAAACACUUGAUAAUAAAUUAUAUCUGACGAAAAACACGUUUUCAACGUACAAAAAUGCCUAGUUACAUGAGCAAAAUGUGUUCAGACGCUAAGAAGAGAGAACACAAGUUCACAAGUUCUUGGAAGAAUUUAGGAAGCAUGUUUAAUUUUAGCUAAGGUAGCCAAUACUGUUUAUUGUAACUUGGCGUAAUUUUGAUAGCAGUACUUUUAAUUGCAGGCCUAGAUUUUGCAAGUGUUAAUGAAUUAUAAUGCUUUGUAUGUGUGGGUAACUUGGCAUUUUUGUACGUUGAAAACCUGUUUUUCUUCAGAUUCUUACACAGUUCAGUGGGGUUGGCCUACAAAAAGACGUCAUCACUGCUAUGUCAGCACAGAAUGCACCGCCUUGCAUGUUUGCCUGAAGAGUCUUCCUCUGCCAAUGCAGCCUUCACAGUGUGAAAUUACGCACCGUGUCGUAAGCGUUAUCUUGAUUUUAGAGCAAGAAUGUGAAAAUUAUUAUUUUUUUAAAUAACGUGAAAAGAUACAACUGCAGAUUUCGUCACUCCAAAAUGAAGUACUAGAGUCCGCCUUUGUCCACUGGAACAAGCGUUUUUUUAUUUUUAGCAAGAACCGAAGAGAAAACUCAACACUGACUAGGAGAGAAGGCUAGACAAGUUGCCAGCUCGGGAGCUGAAAUUUAAGAAGACUGCUGGUAAGGCUCGUCUGAUGUCUGUCAAAUGAGUGAGCUGGGAACCUUGGAGGUUUGGUGAAGAAAUGUAUCAUCUGCCCACGUCAUUUAUCUAACCUCUGAAGGAUGCAAACCCCAGGGGCAGGAGGUCUGGACUCAUGAGGCCAAUCUGCCGGCCAGAAACUAGCCAAUUCUUCCUAGAUAUUCAGUGUCCUCAGUGCCAUGGAACCUCCUACGCCUUUGUUAGUUUUGGGCUUUUCUCAGCUCUUGAAUAGUUCAAGAGUCCAAAAAUGCCAAACAGCGAAGAAGUUGGGAUGGACAAAGUGUGCAGCUCAUGUUACCCUUGGAGGAGGAAGAUGAAAUGUCCUCUGUUUUGGUCUCAAAAGUCUACACAAGGCUAAACUUUGACACAGGUGACAGGAAAAGCUCCCAAGAAGAGAGUGUGAAUGUGCUUUCCAUAUUAUUAGAUAAAAUUCCGUCAUGGCUGCUGACCCUCCAUGACACCAACUUAGUUAUAAAACACUGAAUGAGGAACGCAUGACUGCAUACAACAUGCUGCGAAAUGGUGGGGGGGUAGGGAAUGGUGGCCAGCCAUGGGUCUUGCGCUGGUCCAAUCGCAUCCGGCUAACCUGGCUGAGCUUCACACUCUUCUUUAUCCUGGUAUUCUUCCCACUGAUCGCACACUAUUACCUCACCACUAUUGAUGAGGCUGGGGGCCCUGACAAGCGGAUCUUUGGGCCUCGGCCAGGCGGUGAGCUGUGCGAGGUGAAGCAUGUGCAGGAUCUUUGUCGCAUUCGGGAGUCAGUGAGCGAGGAGCUACUGCAGCUGGAGGCUAAGCGGCAGGAGCUUAACGGUGAGAUUGCCCGGCUCAACAUAAAGAUUGAGGCAUGCAAGAAAAGCAUUGACAAUGCAAAGCAGGACCUUCUCCAGCUGAAAAAUGUUAUCAGCCAGACCGAGCACUCUUACAAGGAGCUGAUGGCCCAGAAUCAGCCUAAGCUGUCACUCCCCGUCAGGCUGCUCCCUGACAAGGAUGAUGCAGGACUUCCUCUGCCUAAAUCAGCCCAUUCCUGCCGGCUUCACUCCUGCUUUGACUACUCUCGUUGUCCACUCACCUCUGGGUUCCCAGUCUAUGUGUACGACACAGCGGUCUACCCCUGGGGGGAGAACAUUGAUCCAUUGGUCAAGCAGGCCUUUGCCUCCUCCAUCAAAAGCAGUAUUUAUGUGAUCGACAACCCAAACAUUGCCUGCUUGUACAUAGUGCUGGUUGGGGAGCUGCAAGACUCUUCAUCCUCUUCUUCCUCCUAUUCUUCUCUGUCACCCACUAAUUUGGAAAAGCAGCUGCAUGCUUUGCCUUACUGGAGAACUGAUGGCCACAAUCACCUGCUGGUCCACCUGUCCAGGAAAUCCAUGACACAAAACUUCCUCUACAAUGUGAGCACAGGCCGGGCAGCUGUGGCACAGUCCACCUUCCUGGAACGCCAAUAUCGUGAAGGCUUUGACCUGGUGUUAUCACCUCUUGUCCAUGCCCUCUCUGAACCCAACUUCCUGGAAGUGCCCCCACAGGUCCCUGUCAAGAGGAAGUACCUCUUCAGCUUCCAGGGGGAGAAGGUAGAGUCCUUGAAGAGCAGCCUGCAGGAGGGGCCACCCCAGUCCUUUGAGGAGGAGAUGGAAGGUGACCCCCCAGCCGACUACGAUGACCGCAUCAUUGGUACCCUCAAGGCUGUUCAAGACAGCCGACUGGACCAGGUUCUGGUGGAAUUCACCUGCAAGAACAGGCCAUGGCUCAGCCUGCCCACCGAGUGGGCACUGUGUGGUGAGCGUGAGGAGCGGCUGGGGGUACUGAAGGCCUCCACCUUUGCCUUAGUCAUCUCUCCUGGUAAUGGGCAGCUAGUGGCAUCUGCCGGCUGCGGCAUGCGGCUCUUUGAGGCCCUGGAGGUUGGGGCCAUCCCUGUUGUUCUAGGUGACCACUCUCGGCUGCCCUACCACCAGCUGAUAAGCUGGAGUGAGGCAGCGCUGAUCGUGCCCAAGCAACGCAUCACUGAGUUGCACUUUCUGCUCCGCAGCAUCUCUGAUAACGACCUGCUGGCCAUGCGACGGCAGGGCCGCUUCCUAUGGGAGACCUACCUCUCCACAGCCGAAAGUGUCUUCAGCACCAUCCUAGCCAGUGUGCGGACGCGCAUCCAGAUCCCGGCCGCACCCAUCCGAGAGGAGCCAGCCCAGGAGAUCCCCCACAAGGCCGGCAAGGCGGCAGGUACUGACCCCAACAUGGCUGACAAUGGGGACCUGGACCUUGGGCCAGUAGAGACAGAGCCACCAUAUGCCUCGCCCAGAUACCUGCGCAAUUUUACCUACACGGCCGCCGACACCUACCGCACCUGGAACCGCCCCCCAGGGCCCUUCCACCUCUUCCCCCACACCCCACUUGACCCAGUGCUGCCUUCUGAGGCUAAGUUUCUGGGGUCCGGGACUGGCUUCCGGCCCAUCGGUGGAGGCACAGGAGGCUCUGGGAAGGAGUUUCAGGCAGCACUGGGUGGAAACGUGCCCCGGGAGCAGUUUACGGUGGUGAUGCUGACGUAUGAGCGGGAGGAGGUGCUGAUGAACUCCCUGGAAAGGCUGAACGGGCUGCCAUACCUCAACAAGGUGGUGGUGGUUUGGAACUCUCCCAAACCACCCUCUGACGACCUCCUCUGGCCUGACAUUGGCCUCCCCAUUGUGGUGGUUCGGACAGAGAAGAACAGUCUCAACAAUCGCUUCCUGCCUUGGGAUGCUGUGGAAACGGAGGCUAUAUUAUCUAUUGACGACGAUGCACACCUUCGACACGAUGAAAUCAUGUUCGGGUUUCGGGUAUGGCGUGAGUCCAGGGAUCGAAUCGUGGGCUUCCCAGGACGCUACCAUGCUUGGGAUGUGAACCACCAGUCCUGGCUGUACAACUCCAACUACUCCUGCGAGCUCUCAAUGGUUCUGACAGGUGCUGCUUUCUUCCACAAGUACUAUGCCUACUUGUACUCCUAUGUGAUGCCCCAGGCAAUCCGUGACAUGGUAGAUGAGUAUAUCAACUGCGAGGACAUUGCCAUGAACUUCCUGGUGUCUCACAUCACGCGAAAACCCCCUAUAAAGGUGACAUCCCGCUGGACAUUUCGAUGCCCUGGCUGCCCUCAGGCCCUGUCCCAUGAUGACUCGCACUUCCACGAGCGCCACAAGUGCAUCAACUUCUUUGUAAAGGUGUAUGGCUACAUGCCGCUGCUCUACACACAGUUCCGCGUAGACUCGGUGCUGUUCAAGACCCGGCUCCCCCACGACAAGACCAAGUGCUUCAAGUUCAUAUAGGGGAAGAGGUGCACAAGUGUGGACAGACUGACCCCAUGAGGAGGGAAAGUGGAACAAGUGGGAUGAGGGCAGAGGGAUUGGCACCCCCAGGGAUAGGGGGGGGGGGGGGGAGUGCUCAGUUUCCAGUUCUUGACUGUGGGGCAUGGACUAAUCUUGUGGUAAAACUAUUGGGGAUAUAGCUUGCUGCCUUUUUUUUCUUUUGCAUUUUGUGCCUGCAUCCCAGCAGAGACCACUAUAUAUCUUGCUCAAACCACUCUUUGAUGAAAAGAAAAUUCUUGAAUGUUCCUCGGACCUGUUGUUCAGAAUGGACUGCAGAUGGACAUUACAGCUUUUACUGCAGAGGGCAGGCACACACCAUUUUUGUCCACAUAAAUGUUUGUGGCAGAACACAUUUCUCAUUGCCCUCUACCAUUUUGUUAAUUUUACUGUUGAAUUUAUAUAUACUCUGUGUAUGUGAGAAUUUAAAAAAGCACUGAUGUUCACCUCGCUAUUUUAUUCAAGGAGUUUUUAAAAUGUGUUGGUGUUUAAUUGUACAAAGGUCUGUGUAUUAUGGACCGUUGUCAAACUAAUUUCUUGAGUUAAAAAAAUAUGCUAACUUGUGUGGGGCACACUUCUGUGUUUGGCUGGGUACAAACUGACUCAACAGGAAUCCACAGAUUAGGAAUCCAUGAGCGGUGUCAAGCACCCAAAAGUUAUAAAACAAAAAUUCUAAAAUUCUUAAUUGUUAAUCACACAUGAGCACAAUAUUAAAUCAAGACACCUUUUUUGACUUGCACUGGAGAACUCAUGAGUACUCAGUCUCAGUACUAACGGAAUGUUGUUUCCUCCUGUCCCCAAAGGCCUUUCUGGUCAAAGGUGAUUACAGACAUGCUUAUUUUGUUUUAGUUCAGCCCCUUACCCUCACUGUGAAAUGCAGAGGUUAGCCUCCUGUCAUUUUUUUUUUGUAUUGCUUGAAUAUAUUGGAUUUUCAGUGUACAGUACAUUGGUGUUGUUUUUUAAGGCAGGCAGGCAGUCUUAAUAUGAAGGGUUCAUCCCCCCUCAGAUAGAAUAUCUCUGGUUUUGCCUAGCUGUAGGUUCCAGAAAAGUACGAAUGCAGUAUACGCACAAAAUCAGUGACUAUUGCAAUGAACACAGUGGCAUCUGUGUUCAUUACAGUUCUUAGAACCAUGCAUUUUGGACAGGUUAUAGCAUGGUUAUGUGUAAGAACUUUAGAUGCCACUGUGUUCAUUACAAUAGAUCCAGCAUUGUGGUUAGUUUUUGCAGAAAAUUCACAGCCGCUUCUGUAUCUUGAUCUACGGAAAGCUCCACAUUACUGCCCCCAAGAGGAACCUCUCAAAAAAGGGAGAUUCAAAUGACCUUUGUUACCUUUGUUUGGGUUGCCACAUGCCUAUGUUUACUACAUCUGUACUUGGCUAACAGUUCAUUUUUCUCUUCUCGCUGCAACACCGUGAUCAAUGACUAGUUGGUAAUUCCCUUACUGAUACGUGGAUGCAGCAGCAGUUGAUUUUAUGCAGAAGCACAAAUGCACCUUUAGUGGGCAAGGCAGAGUGUGCACCUUGGCAAAAGCUUUAACAAAGCUUUUCCCACCGCAAAUAUAGUGAGUCCCAUAAUGUUUAGGACAGACAUUUUUUCUUGCUUUGGCUCUGUACUCCACAAUUUUAGAUUUGUCAUCAAACAAUUACAUGUGCUAUAAAUGCAUGUUCUCAGCUUUCAUGUAAGGGUAUUUUUGUACAUUAUGAUUUCAUCAUGUAGAAAUUGCAGCACAUUUUAUACAUAGUCCUCAGGUUCAAGGAACCAUAAUGUUUGGGACAAAUUGCUUCACAGGUGUUUCUGAUAAGUUGUGUGUUCAGUUGCUUCCUUAGUGCAGGUAUAAGACCGCUUUCAAACAUUAUUGUAACCUGAAAUGGGGGAGGGGAGGGGGAGAACAGCAAAACCAAGAAAAAAUGUCUUUGUCCCAAAGACAAUGGAGCUCACUGUCCCUUCGUCCUGUUGGUUAUCACAUGUACUUUGCUACAGUAACACUGCACACCUUCAGUCCUCUAAUUGGCUUUAUUCCAACCAAUUUAACUUCUGAACCCCAAUGCUGGUUUACUUCUGCAUUAGAGCACAGAUUUAAAAAGAAUGCAUUUGCUGUCUACAGCUGUAACUCAUGACUAUCACAAAUGGCAGAACAAGUAUAUGAAACUAAAAAUAAAUGAAAAUCAAACUAAA